AUGUCGGGGCGACAAGGCAACAAAUUACCGAACAAUCUGCCUCAGCUCCAGAACCUCAUCAAGAGAGACCCGCAGUCUUACGUGGAGGAGUUCCUGCAGCAGUACCGGCACUACCAGUCCAACGUUCAGAUCUUCAGGCUGCAGCCGGACAAACCCAACAAGGAGCUGGCGGAUCUGGUCAUGUUUCUGGCUCAGGUGGGCCACUGCUACCCGCAGCAGCUGUCGGCGCUGGCCCAGGAGCUGUCCGAGCUGCUGACCAGCUACCACACCGUCCUGGAGCCGGAGCUGCGGAUGACCUUCUGCAAAGCUCUGAUUCUGCUGAGGAAUAAGGAUCUUAUUGACCCCACGGGGCUGCUGGAGCUCUUCUUCGAGCUGCUCCGAUGUCACGAUAAACUCCUCCGAAAGACGCUGUACACACACAUCGUGUCCGACAUCAAAAACAUCAACGCCAAGCACAAAAACAACAAGGUCAACACGACGCUGCAGAACUACAUGUACACCAUGCUGAGGGACAGCAACCCCAUCGCCGCCAAGAUCUCCCUGGACGUGAUGGUGGAGCUCUACAGGAGGAACAUUUGGAACGACGCCAAAACGGUUAACGUCAUCACCACCGCCUGCUUCUCCAAGGUGGCAAAGAUUCUCGUAGGAGGCCUUAAGUUCUUCCUGGGCAAAGACGAAGACGAAAACAAUGACAGUGACUCGGAGUCGGAGAACGAGGGCCCGUCCGCCCGAGACGUGAUGGUGAGAUACAACACCGGGAAGAAGUCCUCCAAAAACAAAAAGAAGAUGGAAAAAGCCAUGAAAGUCCUCAAGAAACACAAGAAGAAGAAGAAGGCGGAGGUUUUCAAUUUCUCUGCCAUUCAUCUCAUCCACGACCCUCAAGAUUUCUCCGAGAAGCUCCUGAAGCAGCUGGAGAACUCCAAGGAGCGCUUUGAGGUGAAGAUCAUGAUGAUGGAGCUCAUCUCCCGGCUGGUGGGAAUCCACGAGCUCUUCCUUUUCAACUUCUACCCCUUCAUCCAGAGGUUCAUCCAGCCUCACCAGAGAGAGGUGACAAAGAUCCUGCUGUGUGCUGCUCAGGCCUCCCACCAGCUCGUCCCCCCCGAGGUCAUCGAACCCAUGAUCAUGACCAUUGCCAACAACUUUGUGACCGACAGAAACUCUGGGGAGGUCAUGACUGUCGGCAUCAACGCCAUAAAGGAAGUGGCGGCCCGCUGUCCUCUGGCCAUCACCGAAGACCUGCUGCAGGACCUGGCCCAGUACAAGACCCACAAAGACAAGAAUGUGAUGAUGACAGAGGCAGACCUACAGAAGCCUCGACAGAGGCUAAAAUAA